AAUUGGGUUCGCCGUCAAUUUCAGGAAGUUGAUAGUCAUGUCUAAAACGGCCAGAGGACAGGCGAGCCUGUAAAUCAGAAAAGUUGCCAACUUUAGCCUCUUUUGGUGGAGCUCACUAGUAGCACCAGAGGUUUUUUAUAUAUUUAUCCCAAAAUGAAGGCGACCGGUGUGUGCCUCCUGUCCUGUUUUAUCUUCCUCUUGUACUCCACCUGCACCGGGGUGUUGGCCGGAAAGAACAUGGCCUCCCAUCGCCGCACACCGAAGAGAAACCGGCGGAGUCAACAGAGCUCCUCGAGGCACAAAGGCGCGCACCACCGGCCGCUGACGCACGAGCAGAAAGCGGACCAGAACCUGCAGUUCAUGUUGAGUCUCUACCAAAGCGCUGCAGAACCGGACGGCAGGCCCAAACAGCACCGGAAGUUCGGCUCCAACACGGUGCGACUCCUGAGACCCUCCGCGACCUCGGUGCACUACUUGCCGGCCUCCAGAGAUUACCACUACAGCUUCACAGUCCAGUACAACCUCGACACUCUUCCCUCGGAGCAGCUGAUCAGAGCCUCGUUCAUCCACCUCCGCUCUUCCUCUCCCUCCUCCACUUCCUCCGCCUCCUCUCCCCGGGCCUCUGAGCCUCCGCGCUGCAGGGCUCAGAUCACCUCGCUGGGCAAAGACAGCGUUGUGACACUGGAGCCCCACGAAAGAUGGUCUGAAACCGACAUCACCGCUCACCUGCAGCAGAGGAAACAAAAUGGCGCCGGGGGCCACCUCACCCUCACCGCCCGGUACUGGUGCACCGAGCCUUGGAAGGAAGACGGCAGGUACUCGUCGUGGUGGCUGAGUCUUCGAGGGGGGAAAAGAUGGCGAGGGGCGCUUCACCUGGAUGUCCCGGCUCUUCUUUUGUACCUGGAGCAGGAGCGGGAUGUGAGGGAUUACCUGUUUGAGGCAAAAGGUGAAGAAGUCAUGAAGCGACUGCAUCACUUUCAUCCUUCUUUCAGCCGCCAACGACGAUCCAAAGAACUCCCGUCUUCAGACACAUCAGUGGAUGUCCUGAAGAACUCCCCAACGUCCUCCUCGUCUUUCUCCAACGCCCCUUCGUCCUCCGCCGACUUCCCCAACGAGAAACGUAAAACCAGCAUGCCGAAGAACCACUGCAAGCUGCACUCGUUCCGCCUCUCCUUCGAUGAGCUCGGUUGGAGGAACUAUAUCGCGCCGCCGGUGUACAACCCGCGUUUCUGCCAGGGAAACUGCCCGAGGUUACUGACGUACGGCUUCCAGUCCCCGAGACACGCCAUCAUCCAGACCAUCAUCAACGACCAGGGCGUGGGGGAUUUACCGCCUUUAUCCUGCGUGCCUUUUAAGUACAUGCCCAUUAGCGUGUUGGUGGUGGAGAAGAAGAUUGUGGAGUACAAGGAGCUGGAGGACAUGGUGGCCGAGUCGUGCACAUGUCGCUGAACACUCGCACUGAAAGACUACAAGAAGGGAGGGCAGAUUUGGCGGGUCAGUCUUUGAUCUACUAACCAUAAUGAGCUCGAGACUGAAGCAGGAAGUCGUUGUGGUUUCAGAUCUUCCCCGUCCCUGUGAAAGCACUUUAAAAAGAAGAAGAAGCAGCCGCGAGAGGAUUUACUGGUGUUCCUUUUGUUCUGUAGAGCACUGGGAAAAGUUGUGAGUGUGCUGUUUGCAAUAUUUAUAAUGUCACUUAUGUAUUUUUCCUAGGGAGCUGAUGAAUGUGGAAGCAUUUUAAGCUACUUGAGUGUAAUUUAACAUGCUAAACCUAACUUCCAGGGUAAUCUGAUACAAUUGAUUAAACAUCAGGGGUACCUAUUUUAAGAAAAAUGAUCCAUCUUCAACGUCUAACCUCAAACCACAGCCAUGUAAUGAUUUUGUUUUUCUUGUGCCUGUUUAUAUAUUCGUCUUUUGUUCUUCUGCAUCGUUCUUUUACAAAACCUGAUCUGUGUUUCUUCUUCAGAGCCAGAUUCUCCCAAAAAAAUAGUGUAAAAAACAUUUCUGGAUAUAAUGUGAUGGCAAUGAUUGAGGCCACUGAGUUUAUGCGCUAUAAAAAAGUAUUUUAAAGGACAAAGUUACCGUUAAGGCCUUGUGACGUCGUACUUUUGCUGUUUACAGUCAUAACUUUUCCAUUUUGUAUGUAUUUAUAAACUUAAAAAAAAGGCUGUUAUUGGCUGAACUGUCUUAGAAAAAAAACAUAAAAUUAAAGAUUAAGAAAAUAUAACUGUUGAAUGUUAAGAACGAUAAACGGUAAUGUUGGAGUGGAAAGGAAUGCAAUUUUUAUUACCAGUGAAUAUGAAUUAUGAAAUAAAAUGCAUGUUUUCUAAAACCUAA